GCAGCUUUGUCUCCGAGUUAAGCAAUCCGCCAGCACUCCUCUUGGGACAAAUAAGUGUCUUCAGUCCAUCCUGAGAAGAACAACCCAUGGAGGAUAGAAUUAGCGAUUCUGAAGAUAACAGUUCUUUGCAAGCGCCCCCAGCGGCCAAACCAUACCUGUCUUUCUCGAUAGAGAACAUAUUAAGCGAAGGAAAAUUUGGACCGAGAGCCAAGCGAAGCACUGAGUACGCCCCGAAGUGUGAUGGCUCAAGGAAACCGUCUAUGCAGACGCUACUUUCACGCCUACCUUGGCUUGCGUACACAAGGUACUGUCCGCCGAAAAUCCCAAGAUCGAAAACUCGAAAAGGCUCUCGCCGACAUAAACUGGACAGAAAUCCCAGGAUUCCCUUCUCUUCAUCCCAGCUGGCAGCACUGGAAGCCAAAUUCAUUCAGACCCAGUACCUUUCAGGAUCUGAAGUGAGGGAUUUAUCGUCCUCUUUGAGAGUCACGGAGCACAGAGUUAAGAUUUGGUUUCAGAAUCGAAGAGCUCGCGAAAAAAAGACACAAGCAGAAAGUUCCGUAGACCCCGGUUCACCUCAAGUGCAAAGUACGUAAUACUUCAGACUUCUAAGCUAUAUCAAGACGUGCAAAAAAGAGAGGAAGUCUUUAUAUCAGUCGAGACAAACUUGAACAAUGGCACCAGCUUUUAGAACUGUUACCAUUUAAUUUCUUAUCGAUUCUGUUACCUUUUCCUAUUGGAACAAUUUUCAACUGAGUAUCAGUUGCUUUUACCUAACUCUGCUCUGUGAUUGGUCUAGAAAAAUCACACCAUCCUCUCAGCCAAUCAGAUGCAAACUUAAAACCACUUUGAGUUUCAUUGGCUAAUAAUAAUGUAAACUGUUGUUCUGAUUGGUCGCUGAGAUUACUUUGCGUUUGGUUUUAUGGCGUUCACUUGAAAAUUGCUCUAUUGUGUAAUGAGAAAAUUGUUGUUAUUGAUGUUGUUGGUCACAAAUAGUGAAUAUAGAAAAUAAAUCAUUUUUU